AUGGAUCACUUGGUUGAUCUUCUCAGCGGGGAGCUGCAGGCGCAUAUGGCCGUGGGAGCUGAUGAGGGGCGGCAGAUGGAUGCGGCGGAGAAAAGACCUGCGGUACAAGGCGGCGAUUCCAAAGAGGAGAAGUUGUGGGGCAAGCAGCUGAAAUGCGCAGAAGAAAAUCAGCCAGAGCAACAACGAAAUCAGCAGCACAAGCAAAACAAGAAACACAAUCAUCGCAAAAGCAGAAUGGCUCUCAGGAAAAUCGCAUUGGACAAGGCGAAGAAGAGCAGCAAUGUGGAGAAACCGCCAACUGAGGACAAGGCAGCAGCCUACUUGGCAAAAUGGGCAAAGGAGAGGGAGUCUGAACCUGAAUCAGAAUCCCGCACCGACUGGCACGCUUACCAAGCUCGGCUCUGUCGGGAUCGCUGGAAUGAAUCCUUCGAUGCUCGCUACUAUGGAACCUACGAGACCAUAACUUCUAUCCCCCCCAUGCGCUUCACCGACUAUGUGGAUGCCUCUGCUGGCCCGCGUGAGACUCUGCAGGUUUUCUCUGUCAGAGUCGUGGGAGUAAAGGAGGGCGUUGAGUGGCCGCUGCAUGUAUAUGGCAAGCUUGCGGUCCGGGACACGGUUGACCAUCACCGUAAUAUUAUCUUUGAUCGCCCAAGAGAUAACUUUCAAACCGUCACCCAGCAGGAUCCAUAUUUAACUCUGACCGGUCCUUGCCGUGCUGCUGUCUUGUCGGUGCACCAUUCAUACAUUGAGGCUGAGCUGAAAAUCAAGGGAAAUUCUAAUGAUUCUUCUGAUGAUAAAGAUUUCAGCUACCUAGCUACUGGGUACAUACAGACCGCCUCGUUUGAAUCGUUCGUCGAGAAGCGUGUUCUGUCUAGCAGGCUUAGCACACUGGAGUUAACGGCCGGGCACAUUGUCAACUCUGUUGAAGCUACAAUCUUUGUGCUGGUCAGUAGUGGGAAAUGGCCAUCUGGCCAUGGAGGUGCAUUUACGGUCAGUACCGGUAGCAUGGGCGCCAUGGAAAUAGUGCUGCUUACUUUUGGAGAUGAUGGAUUGCCUCUUGAGGGUGGUGGGAAUAUAAGGCUCUCUCGCCGCGUUGUCGGUGUUGAGGUUGAUGGAACGCUCAAUCUCUCGGUGAAGGCUUCGCCGCUGACUGCUAGUAGCACCGAGAUUGUGUUGAGCGGUGAGAAGGUUGUCACACCCAAAGAAGCCGGCAAGAGCCAUCUGAAGCUGAAGGUCGGCUCAUGUGAGAUGGAAGUAACAGUAGCAUGGUCUCUCCUUUUGACGUACGACCACUGAUCAGGAUGAUG